GGGAGGUGCUUGAGGGAGAGCAGGAGAAACAGGAAAAGCAGCAGUAGCAACUGCCGUUGCCGCCGUCACCGCCGCCGUCGCCGUUACCACCACCGCCUCCACCGUAGACAAGAACGAACGAAAGCGAAAGCAGCGCCUCCGUCUCCGUCGGCAGUGGCACGAUCCUCGGCGUCGAAGCUUGCCGCGCUACUCUUCGACCUCUCAUCAUCUUUACCGUCCCUCCCAAACCGCUAUCGUGGUCCUUUUUCUAUUUAAUCAAUCUCGCAUUUGGUUCUUUGUCGUUCCAAAUUUCCUCUUCCUUUCUCUUUUUUCUCUCACUCUUUCCACUAUUUUUAUAAAUAUAUAUAUAUAUUUCUCUUUUCUAUCUAUCUAUCUAUCUAUCUAUAUAUAUACACACACACACACACACAUAUAACGCUAUCUUUAUCUUUCCAUCUAUCUCUCCUUGCACACGCACGAACGUUCCGUCCUUUUUCCUCUUUCUGACUCUCUUUCUAUCUGGGAAUCGCUUACGUCCUUCGCCCUUUUCGUCCGACGUUCGUCUUACAAAUAGCACGCAUCUAGGCGGCUCUUCUACUCCCGGACGUGCUCGCCGGUACCGUAUUUCGCGACAGAAAAGUAUAUUACUCGACGCAUGCCACCCCGUAUGCGUACAUGUGCAUCGUGGAGCCGGCUUCGGGCACACUUGUCUCGAAGAUAUCAACGAAAGGAAGGAUAUUUAUUUUACCGUUACGACAACUACGUCUAUUUCUUCGAAGGAUAACUCGUCGAACUUUCUUCCUCUACGAGAAGAAGUUCCUUCAAAUUCAACAAUAAGAAUCGUCGCACUGUCACGGGUACGCCCUUCUUCAUUCGAAGGAAUCGCGUCAUUAUUCUCGUGUUGCGUGUGUUGUGUAUCUGUGUGUGAGAAAGAGACGAGCGCGCGUCAGUCACGUCACGCGAGUCUGCUGGUGCCGUCGUAUAAGAAUCAGUAACGCACGCGACAGUCCAGCAUUUUUAAAUUGAUUCUCAGUGCCGGUCUUUCUCAACCACCUGCUUUCCUUUCUCUCUUUUUUUCUCUCUUUUUCUCUCUCUUUCUCUCUCUCUCUCUCUCUCUCUCCUCUCUCUUUCCCUAUCUUUCUCACACUUUGUGAACCUUUUGCUUUCUUCCAUACAUGGAUUUUCCAAAGAGAUGUUCGUUUGAUUCAUGAAAUGAGUUCAUUCAAUAAAACGAUGGACAUCAAAGGAUGACAUCACUAUACUUUAAAGAAUGUCUGUGCCUGUGUCUCGACGAUCAAUCCUUAGAUCGUGUUCGUUAUUUUGAUAAUACAUCAAUUUUCCUUUUUGACACUUCAACCUAAAAAAAAAAAAAGAAAAAAGAAAGAAAGAAAGAAAAAGAAAAAGAAAAAGAAAAAACCAGAAAUAUCUAAAAUAAGCUCGAUUAACUCACACGUUGGAGAAUUUGUUCUCGUUGGCAGGGUCACAAUGAAUUAUCUUUUACCUACUCGUCGUCUGUGUAACACGAGAGAAAAGAAAAGAAAAAGAGAGAAAGAGAGAAUGAGAGUAUGAACAAGGUUAACGUCCGCAGAUAUGGUAAGAGAUGAUGCACUCGAGGAUUCUUCCGAAUUGCUUCGUUCACUCGUUCCCGAAGGAACAAAGAGAAGAAUCAUCGAGGUAAUAAAGGAUAUAGUACUCUUCUCGUCAUUCUUAAAGCUCGUGCGAGCAAGAAAUUAACCCACUUUUCGGCGGCACGUGCGCACUCUCAAAUCCGGCACAGACGUUUUGGCGCCUCCGUUGCCUUGUCCGCUCGCUUAAAUCUCUAACAUGACGUGAUGUUGUAAAGGAAAAAAAGAAAAAAAAAAAAAAAAAGAAAAUCAAAUUAUCCGAUUAUCGAUAGAUUUUGAUUAUUCAUUUAAAAAGAAUCUUGUAUUUUUUAAAAACUUAUUUAAUGAUCACAAUCUUUCCUCUAUUCUUCUUCUUUAUAACAAAUAUCGUCUUGUUGGAUCUUCUUUAUAUCCUAAAACAAUAAAUGCAAACAUUAAUUUUACAUUCUAUUUUUCUAUUGACUUUUAUAUAUUUAUUAAAAUGAAUUGUUAUUAUUAUUAUUAUUAUUAUUAUUAUUAUAUUAUUAGUAUUAAAUUGCGCUGUGUGUACUAAAAAUGCUACAAUCGUGCUAUAGUUUUGACACGCCUAACAAAAUCUUCGUGAUUUCUCUUAUUUUCGCAUAUUUAGAUUUAUCAAUAACCAUGAUUUGUUACGUUCUAAAAAUCUAUUCUUUCAUUGUCUAAUCGUAGAAAUAUUUGUUUAAUAUUCUGAAGUAUAUAAUCUUUCAUAAUAGAUUAAUAAGCAACAAUCGCGUCUAAUACAUGUCAUUGUAAAUUUAACCUGCUAUGCAUUAAAUUUAUAUAAUUUUCUCGAAUCGGUAAACCGUGAAAGAUAAGUGUUCGUUGCCAAUGCAAACAAAUAUUUAUCUUAUCAUAGUAUGACUUAUAUUAGCUAUUUUUUUAUUUAUUUCAGUCAAAUAUUUUUAUAGAUGAUAUUAAAAAUUUUUUAUGCUUACAUCAGAAUUAUUGCAAGAUGUGUCAAAUAAAAUAAAAAAAAAAAAAAGAGAGAAAGUAAUAGGAAAAAAAAAGGAAACGAGUAAAACAACUACGCUGUAAAACAUAUUCAAUAGUUCAAUAGUCGACGAAUAAAUUAUUGAUCAAUUCGUAUUUUACGUCAUUUCGUUUUGGCUCUACGGAAACUAGGAAAUAAAGAAUAGGUACCGGUAGUGCCUUUUACCAUUCACAACCUAUUACGCGUGCAAAUUGUUAUGUCUAUAAUGAUAUGUAAGAGAUAUCACGGAAAUAGGAAGGAAAUUCAAUGGAACGUGUAAUCAUGUCGUCUCUUACAACAUGCGUAUUUUUAAGGGAAAACAUCAUCAUCAUCAUCAUCAUCAUCAGAUGCGGUGUCAAACGAGGAACGUUCUAAACAAAGGAUUACGAGAAGAAACGCAGAAGGAAAUAGUAUGAUCACAGCGAUAUGAGAAGAAGCGACGAAUUACUUCGAAGUAGAAAAUUUCGAAUGAUUCUAAAACGUUCAGGCGAAUCGUAAAGGUAUAGGCUAAUUAUGGAUGACAUAAAGGUGCCUAAUUUAGGACAGGCUGCAUCGGCCGCAUGUUCAAUGGCUACGAAUUUCUUAGCGCCAGUAAAAACCGAACAACAAAUUUACGAAAAUUCAAUGCUCGAAGAUGAUCCCAAUGCUAAUUCGGUGGUACCCACUUCUAAUGAAGAUAGGAUAUUACCGAGAUGGGGUCCUAGUCAUAAAGGUGCACAAGAAUUAGCAAAUCUUUACAGUAGCGGAAAAAGAACGCAGGAAUGUAUAUGCGUUGGUAUUUGUAUCACGCUGGUAGCAGUAAAUUCAUUGUUCAUCCUGGUCAGAUUAAAACUUGAAAAUUUAAGUUCGAUAAUAGUAGCAGCAUUAUGCGGAAUCAUCACGGCGGAUUUUGGAUCUGGAGUAGUUCAUUGGGCUGCUGAUACAUGGGGUUCUGUCGAACUUCCCAUUCUGGGAAAGAAUUUUUUAAGGCCUUUUCGUGAACAUCACAUCGAUCCAACCAGUAUAAUGAGACACGAUUUUAUUGAAACGAACGGUGACAAUUGUAUGGCCACCAUACCAUUCCUUUCCAAAUUAACAUGGGACUUUCUUACUUUAUCAGAGCCAGAAAUCGAGCAGAAGUUUCUUUGGACAUGUUAUUGGUUUUUACUUGCAAUUUUUGUAGCAAUGACCAAUCAGAUUCAUAAAUGGUCACAUACAUAUUUCGGACUUCCUCCUUGGGUAGUUUGGCUACAGGAACAUAGAGUAAUUUUACCAAGAAAACACCAUCGGGUGCAUCAUGUUGCACCACAUGAAACAUAUUUUUGCAUUACUACUGGCUGGUUAAAUUGGCCAUUAGAGAAACUCCGGUUUUGGUAUAUUUUAGAGAUCAUUAUUGAAAAAUUAACUGGUUGUAAGCCUAGAGCAGAUGACCUAAAAUGGGCACAGAAGAGGUCUUGAGAUUUAAUGUGGUUUUUCUUAGCUCUGCAUUUUAGUGGAUAUUCAAAAAAUGUAAUAUAGCAUCAUAUAUUCAAGGGACUGAAAUAACAUCGAACUGGCUAGUAACAGAAAUGGAAAUUUAUGCACGGACAAUAGUAAAAGCUUGAGUGAUACACAUAAAAAUGAUAUUAAAUCUAUAUAGUUUUUUUAUACUAGUACUAUGAGGCCUUUGAAACAAAAUAAAAAGUGUAGAGGGACUAGGAAUAAAUAGUAUUACUUAAAUAUGCUUUUAAACUUUACACAUUUAUAAUACGUACAUGCAAUAAUAUAUGUACAUAUAUAAGACAAAUGUAAUAUUGUAACGUUAUAUAUGUCAUAUAAAACUUGAUAAUUGGCCUGUUGUACUGUAUUACGAAAUUUGUUGCAUAGCACAAUGAUUCCACAAAGAGCACAUAGCUCAUUGGAUUUUGGUAUAAAAAAUUUACAAUUAAUUAUAUUAUGAAAUAUCUUUAAGCAAACACAGGAAAAGUAAAGUCAAAAUUAAAAAUAAAAAACUAAACUGUCUUAUAUUCUUAAUGUGUUUUGUAAGCACAUAUGUCCAGUGAUGAAAGUAGAAAGAAAUAUAUAUGUGUAUAUA